AUUUGUAUGGAUAUAAUACUGUGAAAUAAGUUUGUUUUAGAAAUAAAUUCAAUCAAAAUGUGUUCAUUAGUGCCAAGAGUUUUACAAUUAAAUUUAUUACGAAAUCCAAAGUGUUUGACAUAUAAUGUAUUGAAACGUUUGAAUAGCAGUCAAACGACGAGUGGUUUUAACUUUGAGUUGACUUCAGAGCAGAAAUCAUUGCAAGAAUUGGCCCAAAAGUUCGCCAAAGAGGAGAUCAUCCCUCGGGCCGCACAUUACGACCAAACGGGUGACUUUCCCUGGGAUCUCGUCAAACAGGCCCAGGAGGUGGGCCUUCGAAAUUUGGGGGUCCCUUCACAGUACGGGGGCGCAGGACUGCCACUGUUUGAUACCUGUCUUAUAAGUGAGAGUCUGAACUAUGGGUGCACUGGGAUUCAGUCGGCCAUCAACUCGACGGGUUUGGCUCAGGCGCCGGUCAUACUGUUUGGUAAUGAAGACCAGAAAAGACAAUAUUUGGGACGAAUGACGGGUUCGGAAGCCUUAUGUGCGGCCUAUUGUACGACAGAACCGGGCGCUGGCAGUGAUGUCGCAUCCAUUACAUCAAAGGCCGUCCAGAAUAAAGACGGAGAUUAUGUUCUCAAUGGCCAGAAGAUGUGGAUCACUAACGGAGGGGUCGCCAACUGGUACUUCGUGUUGGCGCGCACUAAUCCGGACCCAAAAGCACCCCCGAGUAAGGCUUUCACGGGUUUGAUCGUUGAGGCGAACAGUGCGGGUGUAGUGCCCGGACGUAAGGAAGACAUGUUGGGGUAA